AUGAUGCCAGCACCGGAUCACACCUCAACAUCCUCGUCGUCGACAACAGAGGCCAGCACUCCUCUCCCACCAGGCAUGGUCCUCGGACCAGACGGAAAACCCUGCCGCACCUGCACAGACUGGAAGAGCUGGUCCAAGAUCGGUAAAUCCAAAGCCAAGAAGGACUCCAAAGACUCUACUUCGACACCCGGACCUGGAGCUGGAGCUGGAGCUGGAGCGGCCGCUGCCGCCAUCGGAGCUACCGCUGCAAUCGCCACAGGGUCAUCAUCAUUCGACUAUGAGAAGGAAUGCCCUGCAGACAAGGAAAUCCUCGGCCGGGCGACAUGGACAUUCUUGCACACAAUGGCGGCAUACUACCCGGACAAACCUUCGCCCAUGGAACAAUCGACCAUGAAGUCCCUCCUGACAUCCUUCUCACAGUUCUACCCCUGUGGACAUUGUGCCGAGCACUUGCGGGAAGAAAUGAAGGUCGAUCCGCCAAAGGUUGAGAGUCGGAGAGAUUUGAGUUGGUGGAUGUGUGGGAUGCAUAAUAAGGUCAAUGAGAUGUUGGGGAAGGAUAAGUUCGAUUGUAAUAAGGUUGAUGAGCGGUGGAGGGAUGGGCCUUCUGAUGGUCGUUGCGAUUAG